AUGGCGCUGCUGUUCGCCCGGCGCGGGGAGGCCGACGCCGUGGGCGCCUGCUGGUGGGCUCUGCUGCCGCUGCUGCUGGCCAGGGCGGCGGGCGCCCUGCUGGAGGGGCUCUACUGCGGCGUGCGGGACUGCUACGAGGUGCUGGGCGUGAGCCGCGCGGCCGACAAGGCGGAGAUCAAGCGGGCCUACCGCCAGCUGGCCCUGCGCUAUCACCCGGACCGCUACCGGCCCGAGCAGGGCCUCGAGGGGCCCGGCGGCUCGCUGCAGAGCGCCGAGGAGGCCUUCCUGCUGGUGGCCACGGCCUACGAGACCCUCAAGGAUGAAGACACACGAAAAGAUUAUGACUACAUGCUCGACCACCCAGAAGAGUACUACAGCCAUUACUACCACUACUACAGCCGGCGGCUGGCCCCGAAGGUGGACGUCAGAGUUGUGAUUCUGGUCAGUGUUUGCGCUAUCUCAGUGUUCCAGUUCUUCAGCUGGUGGAACAGCUACAAUAAGGCCAUCGACUACCUAGCCACCGUGCCCAAGUACCGUAUCCCAGCUACAGAAAUCGCCAAGCAACAGGGACUGCUAAAAAAAGCCAGAGAAAAAGGCAGAAAUAAAAAGUCCAAAGAAGAAAUGCGUCAGGAGGAGGAGAACAUCAUCAAGAAUAUUAUAAAGAGUAAAAUAGACAUAAAGGGAGGCUAUCAGAAACCGCAAAUACGCGAUCUUCUCCUGUUUCAAAUUAUCUUGGCUCCUUUACGUGUCGGCUCAUAUGUGGUCUGGUACUGCCGAUGGAUAUAUCAUUUUCACAUCCAAGGCAAGGAGUACGGCGAGGAGGAGAGGCUGUACGUGAUACGCAAGUUCAUGAAGAUGUCUGAGUCGCAGUUUGACAGCCUGGAGGACCGUCAGAAGGAGGCGUUCCUGACUCGGGAGCUCUGGAGAAAGGAGAACUAUGAGGUCUACAAGCAGGAACAAGAGGAAGAACUGAAGAAAAAGUUGGCAAAUGACCCGAGAUGGAAGCGAUACCGAAGGUGGAUGAAGAACGAAGGGCCUGGGCGGCUAACGUUUGUGGAUGACUGAAGAUUACCGAGCGCUGCUACGCCACACCAGGAUUGGGGUUUUAUUUUCCUAACUGAGUUAUUUUAGAAAUGUGUCAGAAAAAAAAAAAAAAGAAGAAGAAGAAAUGUAUCAGUUGCUCCUUAGCAGUAAUGAAAAUUCUUCCUGUAUUUGAUUAAACAGAAUAAUGUAGGAACUUAGACUUUCCCUUAAAACUUUAUACCGAAGACACUUAUGAUUGUUAAAUUUUUAUAAUCUUAUUUGUGGGUUUUGUUAAGAGACUUGCCAUGAAGAUUUACUCGUUGCCAUUUACGAUUUUAUACGUUAGAAGAGUUGACAUGGAAAUUUAUUAGACACCAUUUGAAAUUUUGUUUAAAUGCUUACUCUUCGAGAAUGUUUACUUUAUGCUUUGUUAUAGUGCUGCAUUUUUCGGCUUUCAUGACCUCUUUACAUUUUCACAGACAUGCCACAAAGUUAACAACAGCAUUUGGUUACAUCACCUGUCUUUGUAGACACGGAUUUCUUCAGCAGAGUGAUUCACCUGUGCCAUCUUCCUUACAAUCCGUACACGAUUGAAUUACUGUUUCAACAAAUCUCUGUAGGCGAGUCUUCUGCUGAAAUGUCUGUCGUAGCCCCCUGACCCCUGUCAUCAUGAUAUUCUUAAUGAGAUCAGAGACUCUCCAGGAGAGUGCGUCUCCCGCCAUGUCCUUGUAGGAUGACCAGAUCACAGUCAUUAUAGGACUGCAAUUCUGUCCUCAAGCAUUUCUCCACAAGGGGCCUUGUCCGAGGGCCUUUUGCACCAUAGUAUUUUUUAAAAAUAUAAUGUAAAAAAUAAUGACAGGGCAGAAGUAGUGAACUGAAAAUGUGCUCCUUACUAUGAAGUCGUUGAGCGGGGAGAAGUCCAAGUGAACGUGGAAGCAUUUGCAUGCAUUUCACCAGGACGAAGAGGUGCCUGGCUCUGGGCUGUUCUGUGGGUCAGUGAGAUAUCGAUGUUUUAUAGAUAGGUCGACGUGAAACUCCACAAAUAGUUUGACUCAAGCAAGCAUGAUACUGUACUCAAGUACCAAUAUGCAUUCAUGGUAGGGAAUCAAUACUCCUGUUACGGGAUUUAUUCCAUUGCUUUAUGUUAAUAAAAUGAUUGCAAUCAUCACA